AUGGCGACUGCCCGAAUUCCAGUUGUCCUAACCUACCACAAGUCUGGCACAGAGCCGCCAGUCUUUGUGGCGGGCACAUUCUCUACUCCGCCAUGGGAGCCUCACGAGAUGGAGUAUACAACGAAAGAGGACGGGGAACACCAUUUCAAGAAGGAAGUCUUGUGUGAACCUGGCUCAACAAUCCAAUACAAAUUCCGCUUAGGCAAUGGAGACUGGUGGGUGCUGGAUGGGAACUCCCCGACGGUGACGGAUGGUGCUGGCAACACGAACCAUGUGCUGGAAGUGAAGCCCCUCGCAGAGCAGAAUCUUGCUCAGAAUCUUGAAACGCAGCAAGACACCAAACCACUUUCCAAGCAUCUCCGAUCUGUCAUUGAUAUUGAGGAUGGAAGCGGUUCUAGGUCAGGCACACCUAUAUUUGCGAGAACUGCUGCAGAGGUUGCGGAUUCUGCCGCCUCCCUUCACGAAGAGGUGCCAAAGCGCGAGACACCUAGAAUCGAUUCCUGGAGCCGUGAUGUCCGCAAAGGUACGCCUACACCGUUGUCGGAAACGGCGAAGACCGCCGCGGAAGUAGCCGACAGCGCCGAGACUCUGGAUAACGACGAGAACACAAUUCUAAUAUUGGAGCAACCCCCUGACGAGGACGUUGCAUUUGAGGUUCAGGGUCCGGGUGAAGAGUUCCUUGGGGAUCAAGAUGAAUACAUUGCCGACAAGUCUCCCCUCUUCGCCCACGAGUGCGUUGGGCUCUAUGAGUCGAGCGCAGAGGCGACGCCAGCGGACACUGAGCCGGAAGAUUUAGCCGUAGGCAGGGCGGCUCUGGGGGAAAUUGAUGCUGAUGAAAUUGACCCAAACGACCCUACACUGGAACGCUUCCCUUCCGAACGGGAAGAUAUAAUGGACACGGUUCGGAAACUUGAGAGCGGACUUCAGGUGGACCAGCCUUUUGACACCGGCCCUCCUUCCCCAGUCUACAACGUCUCGCGGCGAGGAACCGAGGAUAUUACGGGUGACUACACGUUGACAGCAUCCCAACCCCUGCCCUUGGGCCAGCGCGUCUCGAUCAAGCCGGAAGCGCCCAGGUCGAGUCGCACUUCUGUGAGCUCGGUUCCCGCGUCUAUUUCGCUUCAUUCCAUAUCAGAGGCCGAAGAACCAAUCGGGGAAGAAGAGGCCAACUUCCCCCCUGCGGUAGUGUUUUCUAAUCCUGAUAUGAAGCCCAGACCCAAGCAUCUGAAUCUUCCAUCUAACAACGAGGAUGAAGGGGUCGUCUUACCGGAUGGAGUAAGCCCCAGGACUGUCAAGCCAGAGCAGCGCCGAGUCGUGAGACCCAACGACUCGCCGUCCCCGCUAAAUGACGACGAACUUGUCGAGGCCCCCGCCGACAUCACUAGCACCACGCUAGAUGCUCACGCUGCCGAGGGUAAAGUGAGCCCCAAAAGUCCCGAGUCAGCAGGGCCUGGAGAAGUAACGAGCGGUGAACCCGCGGCACCACAGCCGGCGCCCUCGGCUAGCGGCACUGGGACGGCCAUGGAGAACGGGACUGAUUCUGGACAGCUGAGGAGGAGAGGUGCGCAGGAAAAUCCACCCAAAACAUCCGACUCUGUCCACCUGACGGGAGUACAGACGAGCCAGGGAGGCGGCUGGCUUCGGUGGCUCCUCAACCUGCUGUUUGUGGACCUGAUUGGAAGGCUCAUUAACAAACUCACUGGUCGCAAGACAAAGACGUAA